CUUUCUGUGGGUUUAUCCAUAGCUAUGAUUGUAGGGCCGGUCAUAGGCUAUAUUGAUCAAUACUUUCUCAUUAAGCGAAAACAGUCAAGCGAUGGCUUCAAUAUAAUGACGUGUGCCAUUCUUUUAUUUGCAAAUGUUCUGCGUAUUUUCUUUUGGUUCGGAAAACGGUUUGAAGUGACGUUACUGCUACAGUCGAUAGCCAUGAUUAUUACCAUGGUGAUACUGUUACAGGUGGUGGUCAAAUACAAGCAUGAACGAAGAAGCACACUCGAUCUAUUCUACAACGAAACAGGCUUAUUCAAAUCAUUUUGGAAAUGGGAAUACUAUUCCAGUUAUAUCAAGUGCAUCACUGUCUUCAUUCUUGUGAUGGCUUUUUUGCACUUGUUUCUUGAACGAUACGCUGUAUACGUUGAGAUUUUGGGCUAUCUAAGUUUAGGCAUCGAAAGCACAUUACCCUUGCCACAAUGCAUAUCCAAUUUCAAAAAUAGAUCAACGCAUGGGUUUAGCUCGUUGGUAUUGGCCACUUGGUUCCUGGGUGACAGCUUCAAGUUGUUUUAUUUCAUCUUCACUGAAGCACCACUGCAAUUUAUUAUUUGUGGAUCUAUUCAAUUGUUCAUUGACAGCUUGAUUGUACUGGAGUUCAUUCUAUUC